AUGAAAUUCAUCAUUGCUUUAUUAUUAGCCUUCUUAGCCUUCGCCACCGCUGAUGUUACCUUCAAAAGCUCUUCUGGUAGUUGCAAUUUUUCCUUAAGUGCAGGUGAAUGUAAAUCUGUUCCAUGUGCUAUCGCUCCAUCUGCUGUUAAACUCAUUGCCAAUGACAAUUAUGCAUCAGGUUAUGCCUACCAACUUGGUAACACCUGUAAUCUCCUUACCCCACUCCAAAUUGAACUUGUCUGUGGUCAAACAGUUGCAAUUGCCUCCGAUGGAAAAAAUAUUUUCACUGCUGAUUGUAAUGCCAAAGACAACUCCUCCUCAUCCUCAUCAACCGUUUAUGUUAGCUUCACUAUUUUAUUAUUAGGUUUAUUAGCUGCUUUAUUAUAA